ACUGAAGCACCGAGGCUAAGGUUAAUCUUACAGACAGGGAAACGACAGAGACGGAUUUUCAUCCCCACAGUUACGAGAAGAGGAACACAACAGUGUACCACGGUGUAGCUAACGGAAAUAACCAAGGGAAUACGUGCCAUACAAGCGCUUUCACCAAGUGGCUCAAAUAAGUGAUUUUCAGGAACAUCAAAACCGCCUUGGCAACGUAGUAAUUCAGCAUGGAUGAGAUAGUAUUAACAGGCAUAUCAGGCCGUUUGCCUGAGUCCAACAAUCUGGAGGAAUUCUGGGAGAACCUUAUCAAUGGUGUGGAUAUGGUGACAGAGGAUAACCGGCGGUGGACACCAGGUCUGCAUGGUCUUCCAAAGAGGAACGGUAAACUGAAAGACAUCAGCCACUUUGAUGCCGUCUUCUUCGGAGUCCACCCCAAACAGGCUAACACUAUGGAUCCCCAGCUUCGUCUCAUGCUUGAGAUUGCCUACGAGGCUAUUGUAGAUGGAGGACUGAACCCGGCCACACUGCGUGGCAGUAAGACAGGCGUUUACAUUGGGGUGAGUGGUUCGGAGGCUGGCGAGGCAUUCAGCAGAGAUCCAGAGGAGCUGCUGGGCUACAGCAUGACUGGCUGCCAGCGCGCCAUGUUGGCCAACAGAGUCUCCUACUUCUUUGACUUCUGUGGACCCAGCACUGCCAUCGACACAGCCUGCUCCUCUAGCUUGCUUGCUUUGGAAAACGCAUUCCACGCCAUUCGCCAGGGCCAGUGUGAUGCUGCUCUGGUGGGGGGAGUCAACUUAUUGCUCAAACCAAACACCUCAGUGCAGUUCAUGAAACUGGGCAUGCUCAGCCCAGAGGGGACCUGCAAGUCUUUUGACUCAUCAGGAAAUGGAUACUGCCGUUCUGAGGCAGCAGUGGCAGUGCUGCUGACCAAGCGAUCAGUGGCUAAAAGGGUCUAUGCCACGGUGGUCAAUGCUGGUAGCAACACAGAUGGAUAUAAAGAGCAAGGUGUAACGUUUCCUUCAGGUGAAAUGCAGCAGAGGCUGGUUCAUUCUCUCUACCAGGAGGCAAAUAUAACUCCCGAGCAGGUGGAGUACAUCGAAGCCCAUGGCACUGGAACAAAGGUUGGGGACCCUCAGGAAGUGAAUGGCAUUGUCAGCGUGUUCUGUCAAUCAAAGCGAGAGCCAUUGCUUAUUGGCUCCACCAAAUCCAACAUGGGCCAUCCAGAACCGGCCUCUGGUUUGGCUGCUCUGGCAAAGGUGUUGCUUUCUUUGGAGCAAGGAGUCUGGGCUCCCAACCUGCACUUCAACAGUCCUAAUCCUGACAUUCCUGCCCUCAACGAUGGUCGGGUUCAAGUUGUCGACCGCCCUAUGCCCAUCCGUGGAGGCAUAGUAGGCAUCAACUCAUUUGGAUUUGGUGGUUCGAAUGUUCAUGUGAUUCUUCGUCCAACUGGGAAAUCAGCUGAUGCAACGACGCCGCCCAGGAUGGUCCCUAGAGUGCUUCAGGCCUGUGGCCGUACAGAGGCUGCAGUGAACACCAUACUACAAAAGGGGAGGGAACACACUGCAGAUGACAACUUCCUGUCUUUGCUGAAUGAGAUCUCAGGAGUUCCCACUACCAGCAUGCCCUACCGAGGCUACACUCUCAUUGGGUCUCAGAGUGAUGUUAUGGAAGUGCAGCAGGUGCAGGCCUCGGCCAGGCCACUCUGGUAUAUCUGUUCAGGUAUGGGAACACAGUGGGCAGGUAUGGGCCGUACUCUCAUGCAGCUGCAAGACUUCAGAGACUCCAUCCUAAGGUCAGAUGCAGCCCUGAAGGACACCGGCCUGGUUGUGUCUCAUCUGCUCAUGGAGGCUGAUGAUGCCACUUUUGAAGACACUGUUCAUGCCUUUGUUGGCCUCGCUGCCAUACAGAUAGCUCAGAUUGACCUGCUCACUAAGAUGGGUCUGAAGCCUGAUGGCAUCAUAGGACACUCGGUGGGAGAGCUGGCCUGUGGCUACGCUGACGGCUCCCUCAGCCACAGUGAGGCUAUCCUGGCUGCCUACUGGAGAGGCCGCUGCAUCAAGGAAGCCAACCUUCCUCCAGGAGGCAUGGCUGCAGUCGGGUUGACCUGGGAUGAGUGUGUAGCGCAGUGUCCUCAGGGAGUCGUCCCUGCCUGCCACAAUGCUGAGGACACUGUCACUAUCUCUGGCCCUCAGGAAGCAAUCAGUAAAUUUGUGUCUGAGUUAAAAGAGCAAGGAGUGUUUGCAAAAGAGGUGCGCAGUGCUGGGGUUGCUUUCCAUUCCUACUACAUGGCCUCCAUCGCUCCUACCCUGCUGGCUGCUCUAAAGAAGGUGAUUAAGGAGCCACGGCAGCGUUCAUCCCGCUGGGUGAGCACCAGCAUCCCUCAAUCUGAGUGGGACUCACCUCUGGCUCUUUACAGCUCAGCUGACUACCAUGUAAACAACCUGGUGAGCCCUGUGCUGUUCCAGGAGGGCCUCAGGCUGGUUCCUGAUAAUGCUGUGGUCGUGGAGAUAGCACCUCAUGCUCUGCUGCAGGCCAUCCUGAAGCGCAGCCUGAAGCACACAUGUUCCAUCCUCCCCUUGAUGAAGAGAGGCCACACCAACAACCUUGAGUUCUUCCUAGCAAACAUUGGCAAAAUCUACAUGAAUGGCAUCAAUGUGGAUGGUAAUGGCCUCUGCCCAGCUGUGAAGUACCCUGUGCCAGCUGGUACCCCUUUGAUCUCGCCCUUGGUGCACUGGGACCAUGCCCAGACCUGGGAUGUCCCCAAAGUUGAGGAUUUUUCCUCUGGCCCAGGAGGAUCCAAAUCUGCCACCAUUUAUAAUAUUGACAUAAACCCGGAGUCUGCAGAGCAUUACCUGAUUGGACACUGCAUUGAUGGGCGUGUCCUCUACCCAGCAACGGGUUACCUGUUGCUGGCCUGGCGUACUUUUGUAAGAAGUCUGGGGGCUGUCAUGGAAGGCACCCCUGUAACUUUUGAGGAUGUCACCAUCCACAGAGCAACCAUCCUACCAAAGACAGGCUCUGUCCAGUUGGAGGUACAUCUCAUGCCUGCCACCAGCAAGUUUGAGGUUUCAGAGAAUGGAAACCUGGCUGUAAGUGGCAAGAUGCGCAUUCUGGAGGAUGCAGCCCUUGAUUCAUUCCGUAGUCAGCUAAGUCAGCAAGCUGCCACCGGUGAUGAUGACCCCAGAAUGAAGCUUACAGCGCAUGAUAUCUACAAAGAGCUGCGACUGCGUGGCUAUGACUAUGGGAAGACCUUCCAGGGCAUCUUGGAGUGCAACAAUGCAGGAGACAGUGGAAAGCUGCAGUGGACAGGAAACUGGGUGACCUUUCUGGACACCAUGCUGCAGAUGAUCGUAGUUGCGCUGUCGGGUCGUAGUUUGCGUUUGCCAACCAGAAUCCGCUCAGUGUGUAUUGAUCCAGCUGUACAUCUGGAGAAGAUCUGCAAAUACACUGAUGGAAAGGAAGCUGUGGAUGUCCACGUAAACCAUUGCCUUGACAGCAUUGUUGCUGGUGGAGUCCAAAUUUGUGGUCUGCAUGCCACUGUGGCCCUGCGUCGGCAGCAGCAGCAGAGUCCCCCGACCCUGGAGGAGUUUGUGUUUGUUCCCUAUGUGGAGACAGAGUGCCUGACCGCCAAUGAGAAACUUGCAGAGCAGCUGAGGCUCUGCAAAGGUUUAAUCCACAGACUGCAGUUAAAGUUAGCCCUUCAUGGUGUCAAGCUCUCCAUCCCUGGGUUACAAGGGGAGUCAGGCAGCCCUCCUCCUAAUUCCGAGCCCUCUCAGCCCAGCCUGGUGCGGCUGCUGGCCCUGCUCUGUGGCCUCGAGCUGAAUGGGAAUCUUCACUCUGAGUUGGAGCAGACAGUGCAGAAGGAGAGGGCAUGUCUGUUGCAGGACAGCCUGCUGCAGGGCCUGCUAGACAGCUCUGCCCUCAGACACUGCCUGGACACCACCAUGGAAAACAGUAUGCCCGGCAAGAUCAAAGUCCUGGAGGCUUUCUCCAACGAUGGCCAGCUCUUCUCUCGUGUGGUACCACUCCUUAAUAUCCAGCCCAUGCUACAUGUGGACUACACUGCUACAGCGCCCAACCUAGAUCUUCUGGCCCCCCACAAAGCCACCAUGGAGGAGCUGGCAGUCACUUCAGCUCAGUGGGAUCCCCUGAUGGGCCCAGCUCCUGGAAGCAUGGUAGGAGGGGCAGACCUAGUGGUGUGUAACCACGCCUGGGGCCCUCUCAGGAUGGACCCUGGACUGCUGGUUGCAAAUCUGUCUUCUGGAGCCAAACAAGGAGGAUUUGUUCUCCUCCACACCCUCCUGAAGGGAGAAACUCUGGGGGAAACAGUUGCCUUCCUUUCCAGCACUGCUCAGAGCAGUAGCCAGCAAGGACUACUCACAGAGGCUGAGUGGGAGAAGGUGUUCUCUGAGGCCUCCCUCUGCCUGGUGGCUGUCAGGAAGUCUUUUUAUGGCUCGGCCCUCUUUCUAUGUCGUUGUCAGUCUCCUGGCAAACAGCCUGUUUUUCUUCCUGUGGACAGCACAGACUACAAGUGGGUGGAAACACUCAAGGGAAUAAUGGCAGAGUCAUCAGACUGUCCAGUGUGGUUGACUGCCUCUCAGGCCAACUGUGGCAUUGUGGGAAUGGUCAACUGUCUACGGCAGGAGCCAGGUGGUAACCGUAUACGCUGUGCAUUUGUGUCCAAUCUAAACGAGUCUUCAGUAGCACCAAGCCUUCAGCUGGACCAUAAGCCCAUGCAAUCAGUGCUGGAAAGGGAUCUGGUUAUGAACGUGUUCAGAGAUGGACACUGGGGCAUGUUCAGACACCAGCUCAUCACUCACGAUCUAAAUGAGAAGUUGACAGAGCAGGCCUACGUCAAUGUGUUGACUCGAGGUGAUCUGUCUUCUCUGCGAUGGAUUGCCUCCCCACCCCACCACCCUGUGGCCAGUCCCAACGAGCAACAAUGUCUUGUCUACUAUAGCUCUCUCAACUUCCGAGAUGUAAUGCUUGCUACUGGCAAACUGCCACCGGACGCUAUUCCAGGAGACCUAGCUCUGCAGCAGUGCAUGUUGGGUAUGGAGUUUUCCGGUCGUGACCCCAACGGUCAGCAUGUGAUGGGGCUGCUACCUGCUAAAGGCCUGGCAACAAGUGUGUAUGCUGACAAACGGUUCCUGUGGGAUGUUCCCUCCAGUUGGACACUGGAGCAGGCAGCCUCAGUGCCAGUGGUCUAUGCCACAGCCUACUAUUCUCUGGUGGUGCGCGGCAGGCUCCGCCACGGAGAGUCUGUUCUCAUCCACUCAGGGUCAGGAGGGGUCGGCCAGGCUGCCAUCGCCAUAGCACUCAGCAAGAAAUGCAAAGUCUUCACUACAGUUGGAUCAACAGAGAAGCGGACUUACCUGCAGGAGAGGUUCCCUCAGCUCUCAGCACAGUCCUUCGCCAACUCCAGAGACACCUCUUUUGAACAGCACAUCUUGCUUCACACACAGGGCAAAGGUGUGGAUGUGGUGUUGAACUCUCUGGCUGAAGAGAAGCUGCAGGCUAGUAUUCGCUGCCUAGCCCGACAUGGACGAUUCCUGGAGAUUGGCAAAUAUGACCUGUCCAACAACUCUCCACUGGGCAUGGCUCUUUUCCUGAAGAAUGUAGCAUUCCACGGCAUCCUGCUGGAUGCUCUCUUUGAAGAGGGUAACCAGGAGUGGGAGGAAGUGUCCCAGCUGCUGAAGGAAGGCAUUAUGGGAGGCGUAGUUCAGCCUCUAAAGACCACUGUGUUUAAGAGCAACCAGGUGGAGGAAGCAUUCAGAUACAUGGCUCAAGGGAAGCACAUUGGCAAGGUCCUCCUGCAGGUCCGUAAUGAGGAGAGGGGUGCAGCAGUUCAAGCUGCUUCCCCCUUGUCUCUUCCUGCUAUCUCUCGCACUUUUUGCGUCCCCUCCCACUCAUACAUUAUCACUGGUGGACUGGGAGGGUUCGGUCUGGAGCUUGCUCAGUGGCUGAUGGAGAGAGGAGCCCGCAAACUGGUGCUGACUUCCAGAUCAGGCAUCAGGAAUGGAUACCAGGCAAAGCGAGUGCGCCAGUGGCAGAGUCAAGAUAUGGAGGUGCUAGUGUCAACCAAUGAUGUCAGCACACUGGAGGGAACAGAGAGACUCAUUGUUGAAGCCAGAAAACUGGGCCCAGUGGGUGGUGUCUUCCACCUAGCCAUGGUGUUGAAAGAUGGCAUGUUGGAGAAUCUGACCCCUCAGCUCUUCCUUGAUGUUAACAAACCUAAAAAUGAUGGCACCGUAAACCUCGACAUAGUGACAAGAAAGUUGUGUCCAGACCUCAAGUACUUUGUAGCCUUCUCUUCAGUCAGCUGUGGGCGUGGUAAUGCUGGCCAAAGUAACUAUGGUUAUGCCAACUCAGCCAUGGAGCGCGUGUGUGAAAAGCGCCAUUACGAUGGCCUACCUGGACUUGCAGUCCAGUGGGGUGCCAUUGGUGACGUGGGUGUGGUGCUGGAGACUAUGGGUGGCAACGAUGCAGUGAUUGGUGGCACCCUACCACAGCGCAUCACAUCCUGCAUGGAGGUGCUUGACCUCUUCCUGUGCCAGCAGCAGCCGGUGAUGUCGAGUUUUGUAUUGGCAGAGAGGAUGGUGGCAAAGAGCGAGGCAGGAGGCCAGAGGGAUUUGGUAGAUGCUGUGGCUCACAUUCUGGGUGUGCGGGAUGUGAACAGCCUGAACGCUGAUGCCUCAUUGGCUGACCUGGGCCUGGACUCCUUGAUGGGUGUUGAGGUUCGCCAGACUCUGGAGCGUGACUACAACAUUGUUAUGGCCAUGAGGGGCAUUCGCCAGCUCACCAUCAACAAGCUGCGAGAGCUGGCUAAUAGCAAGCCGGGAGGACCAAAUGGUAUUAUAUUUGUUUACACAUAUGUACAUAUAUACAUACACAUACACAAUGCAUAACUACAAUUACAUAAGGGAGAUAUAUGUUUGAUUCCACAGGAUUUCUUUGUUGC